GGGGCGGGCCUUCAGCGGGAGGCGUCAUUAUAACACGACUCCCUCCCGUACCUGGAGAGCCAGGAAGAUGGUGGUGAUGGCGCGUGUUUCUCGGCCGCAGCGGCCGGACCUCGUUUUCCCCAGCUACAAACUCUGGUACCGAUACCUGAAGGCACGCCGGGCACAGGUGAAGCGUCGCUGCGUGACUGACCCUGCCUACGAAGAUGCCAACAACUGCCACGAGAGGGCCUUUGUGUUCAUGCACAAGAUGCCCCGUCUGUGGCUGGACUACUGCCAGUUCCUGAUGGACCAGGGCCGCGUCACGCACACCCGCCGCACGUUUGACCGUGCCCUCCGGGCGCUGCCCAUCACGCAGCACUCUCGUAUCUGGCCGCUGUACCUGCGCUUCCUCCGCUCGCACCCGCUGCCUGAGACAGCCGUGCGGGGCUACCGGCGCUUCCUCAAGCUUAGCCCCGAGAGCGCAGAGGAGUACAUCGAGUACCUCAAGUCCAGCGACCGGCUGGAUGAAGCCGCGCAGCGCCUGGCCACCGUGGUCAAUGAUGAGCGCUUCGUGUCCAAGGCCGGCAAGUCCAACUACCAGCUGUGGCACGAGCUCUGUGACCUCAUCUCCCAGAACCCAGACAAGGUGCAGUCGCUCAAUGUGGAUGCCAUCAUCCGCGGGGGCCUCACCCGCUUCACUGACCAGCUAGGCAAGCUCUGGUGCUCGCUGGCUGACUACUACAUCCGCAGCGGCCACUUCGAGAAGGCUCGAGAUGUGUAUGAGGAGGCCAUCCGGACCGUGAUGACCGUGCGGGACUUCACCCAGGUGUUCGACAGCUAUGCCCAGUUUGAGGAGAGCAUGAUUGCAGCCAAGAUGGAGACAGCCUCAGAAUUGGGGCGGGAGGAAGAAGAUGACGUGGACCUGGAGCUGCGCCUGGCCCGCUUCGAGCAGCUCAUCAGCCGGCGGCCCCUGCUCCUCAACAGCGUCUUGCUGCGUCAGAACCCGCACCACGUGCACGAGUGGCACAAGCGCGUGGCCCUGCACCAGGGCCGCCCCCGGGAGAUCAUCAACACAUACACGGAGGCUGUGCAGACGGUGGACCCGUUCAAGGCGACAGGCAAGCCCCACACGCUGUGGGUCGCGUUUGCCAAGUUUUACGAGGACAACGGGCAGCUGGACGAUGCCCGCAUCAUCCUGGAGAAGGCCACCAAGGUGAGCUUCAAGCAGGUGGACGACCUGGCCAGCGUGUGGUGUGAGUGUGGCGAGCUGGAGCUCCGGCACGAGAACUAUGACCAGGCCUUGCGGUUGUUGCGGAAGGCCACCGCGCUGCCCGCCCGCCGAGCCGAGUACUUUGACGGCUCGGAGCCCGUGCAGAACCGUGUGUACAAGUCGCUGAAGGUGUGGUCGAUGCUCGCUGACCUAGAGGAGAGCCUGGGCACCUUCCAGUCCACCAAGGCCGUGUAUGACCGCAUCCUGGACCUGCGCAUCGCCACGCCCCAGAUCGUCAUCAACUACGCCAUGUUCCUGGAGGAGCACAAGUACUUCGAGGAGAGCUUCAAGGCGUACGAGCGCGGCAUCUCGCUGUUCAAGUGGCCCAACGUGUCCGACAUCUGGAGCACCUACCUGACCAAGUUCAUCGCCCGCUACGGGGGCCGCAAGCUGGAGCGAGCGCGGGACCUCUUUGAACAGGCGCUGGACGGCUGUCCUCCCAAAUACGCCAAGAGUGAGGCGGGCGGGUUGAAGCUGCUGCUCGUUUACCAUUCUAAAAAUCCUAGGGACCUUAAGAAUUAA